UUCAGGCGUUCUGAGUACUUGUCUUGCCCAUUGCACCCUGUGGACUCUGUGUUCCUCCCAUGGCAUACACAGUCUGCAGUAAUCUUGCAUCACAUCAGCUUCUCUGUAAACCAGAGAUCUGUCAUGCCAUGCUUGAUGUUGUUGCUGAAGGCUGGGAAACACACAGAAGUCCUUGCACCAGUCUACGGAAAAAGUGUCAUGGAGGUCUGCAUAUUCUUCCUUUGUGCUAUGAUAUCUGUCCCAGGUAUUGCUGCCAGUGUGCAUCAGGUGAAGGCAUUUCUCAAUCACACUGCAUACCUAUCCUGCUAUUUUCCAAACUCUCAGAAAAUUGACAUGAGGGACUUAAUAGUUUUUUGGCAAAAAGGCUCUCAUAGAGUGGUGCACGAAGUAUACUACGGUGAAGAAAAACGUGAGCACCUUAGUCCUGAGUAUAUAAAUCGCACCAAGGUGGAUAUGGACAAAUGGACCUUGCAAUUGUUAAAUGCAGGAGUUAAGGAUGAGGGACACUAUGAGUGUAUCGUACAGCACAAAAAGGAAGGACCGCCAAAGGUCAUACACACAUCUGAGUGCUCACUGCACAUCAUUGCCAACUAUAGUCAACCUGAGAUAGCACAACUGCACACUGGGGAACUAAAGCCCAAUGGAUACUUGAAUCUUUCCUGUUCGUCCAUUGGAGGUUAUCCAGAGCCCAAGGAGAUGACUUGGCUAAUUUCAUAUGAAAACACAACAUACAAGCAUAUGCCUCACAUGGACAUCUCACAGGAUGCUGUAACAAAGCUGUACAAUGUUACUAGCAAACUGAAUAUCCCAGUUCCUACAAACAGCCUCACUAAUAUUAGCUGCUUGCUUCACCUCAGAGAGCAGCUGGGAAUCCUUGUCUCAGCGCCACUACACAUUGAGAUACAGGAGAAAGAAGUGGAACAAGUAAAUAUAAAUUUCUUUGGCCCGCUUAUAGCUGUGGUUGUACUGGUCGCACUUCUUCUGGGUUUUGUGAUAUUGAAGAAGAACAGAAAUAUCUUGUCUACCAACCAGAGUAUCAGUCUAGCAGUCUAGAAGCUAUCCAGCUUGAAACUGAGGCCAUCAGCCAGACUACUGACAGAGAACUGCCUCAGCACACAGCAGGACCUGAGGUCCUAUGUUUUUAGAGUCUCUGCCAGAACGAGAAUCCUCCACAGAUGCCCUACAGAACAACAUGCAACAUUUUGUCUAAUAGCUGAAACCUACUGUCCAGUGUUCUCUGUUUUUAUUUUUGCUCCAGGAUGGUAGUAUAUAUGAUGCUCUGCCUCUCUGCAUGACUACAUUUUUUGAUGUAUCUUUUAUUGCGCUCUUUGAAAAUGUAAAAUCCUGACGGUGAAUGAAGAAAGCAAAGCUGCAUGGGUUAUGGAAUGUCUCAGAAAGAGAAAGAGUUGGGCCACAAUCUGUGAAUCAUAACCAUUGCUGCAAACAGGCAGGCUAUUAGUCACAGAAUCAUAGAAUGGCUUGUGUUGGAACGGACCUUAAAGAUCAUCUAGUUCCACUCCCCUGCCUAAUCAUGAGGCACAAAUGCUUUUGGCAGAGCCAGUGUGGCUCUGUGUACCAGUAACUUUCUUGUAAAGCUUCACACCAGUAAGAGGAACUUCAGGGCACUUCCCCACCUUCUGAGAAAAGUCGUGCAAUUCCUAUCAAGCAUUUGAAACUAGAAAUAAUCUGAAGGCAAUACCUGCUUUAAACAUAAUUUCUGAUUAUCCUAAUUUUUCUUAAUAUCAUCCAAGCUGUAUGUGCCCAGAGAGUUAGCACUUCCAUGCUUUGUUCUUCUGUAUUCUGACCGAAUGCCGUAGUAGUUGUUCAGGUGGAUGCAGGGAUAGAAAAUGAAAGCAUGAGGUAUCAUUCAUACAUGUGUAUAUCUAAACAUACAAAAUUAAGCUGAGCAGAAAAUGAAAAAAUAUUACAUGAGUAGGUCAUGUUCCACUUUGGUUGACUAUGUUAUCCCCUUGUUAAUUUUGCUUCAAAAUUGAAGAUAGAGCAAUCUAUACACUGUGGUAAGUUCAGCCAUAGGAGAUAGUUUUACCUUUCAGAAGAUUCUUUUUCACUCAAAAUGUGCUGGCUCUCCAAUCUUGAAUGACCUCUGCACCUUAUAUUCUUCAACAGCACUGAUAUCUUUCAGGAGCAAGAACACAGCAGAACUGAGACAAAAUUUUUCUGAGGUCUUGAUUGUGUUUGUAGGUCUGGCAUUUUCAGAAAGAGCAGGGACAAAAGCAUCAUAUUCUCAAGACAAAUUUCAGCUCAGAAUUGCAAUUUGGGGACAUAAAUUCUCUACAGUUUCUUGUGCAUGCAAAUAUUCUUUUCUGUUAAAUGAUAUUGUGAGUUGCUAGAUUCCACCUCAAUUUUUACUCUUUUUUCAAGUGUGUCAGAGAAAUUCAUAUUCUUUUGAGUUACCUAAACUAUUUGGGAGUCAGUUUAUUAAGCUAUUACACUAAUAUUCCAAAUAUUUUC